AUGGGUCUUUCGCAAUUUCCGACAGCUCCGGAAGGAGUACUGCCACUUCUGGUAAUGAACACGGUUUUUUCAGUUACCCUGUUGAAGAACAUGGUGAUGUCUGUUUUUCAAAUUGUUGGAUCCGAGAACGAAGAAGCAUCCAUGGAGAUAAAGGAAGACGAGUCUGGAGAGGGUUUCUUAAGGAGGAGAAGAAGAAUCUCGAUUGUUCAGUUUAAGUCUAUGUGUGAGAAGAGAGAAGAAGAAGAAGAAGAAGAAGAGAGAGGUGUGGAGUGUUGUGUGUGUCUCUGUGGGUUUAAAGAGGAAGAUGAAGUGAGUGAGUUGGUUUCUUGCAAGCAUUUCUUUCACAGAGCUUGUUUAGACAACUGGUUUGGUAAUAAUCACACCACAUGUCCUCUUUGCAGAUCCAUUCUCUAG